AUGGCAACCCCACGCUCCCUCCGCUCCUUCUUCGACUUCACCACCCCCGACCUCCUCGACGCCGACUUCUCCACUCUCCAACUCAUCUCCCGCGCCAGUCAUGAAGCCCUACAGACCGAACUCGCCACCCUCCGCUCCCAGAUCACCGAGAAAGAUGCAGUGCUCUCCACAAUGUUCAUCCAGCAGCACGGCACUGCCGUGGAGUCCAAACCCCCCGCCGCCGAGUCCCCAAUCGACUAUGGGAUCCGCGAAGCGCAGGUGGAAUCGCUCACAGCUAAAGUCGACGCCCUGUCAGAGCAGAAGCGGAAGCUGACGCUCGCGCUCGAGACGUCACAGGAAUCGCUCACAGCAAAGGUCGACACCCUGUCAGAGCAUAAGCGGAAGCUGAUGCUCGCGCUCGAGACGUCACAGGCAAAGGCCCGCGCACUCGCGGCAGAGGUCAAGAACAUGCGGGAGCGGCAGGCGCGCGAGGAGCACGAGAAGAAGUAUGCGGCACUCGAGGCGCAGUACAGGGCCAUUGCCUCAGAGCUCGAGGCCCGCAGGGCCGAGAAUGACCGGUUUGCGCUGGAGCGAUCGACGCUGACGGCGAAGGUCAGGGCUCUGGAGUCAGGUGGUGGUCUUGGUGCUGCUGCUGAGGCGGUGGCGAAUAGGGAGGGGAUGGAAGUGCUGAAGACCGAGAAUGAGAGGUUGAUGUUGAGGCUCAAGGCGUUUGAGGAUGGCAAUGCGGCGCUGAAUAAGAAUAUCGUGGCGCAGAAUAAGACGAUUGGGGUGCUGAAGACCGUGGCAAAUACUAACGAACAGUGUAACGUUGACCUACAGAAGAAGAAUUUGGAUCUUGUGGCUGAGAUGAAUGCGAUGGAAACGCAGUAUGAGGAGAUGACAAAGAAGAAUAUCGUGCUGGAGACAAAGAACGGCGAGCUGGAGGAUGAAAAGGCAGUACUUGUGGCCCAACUGAAGAAAUUGGCUGAUGAAAGCGAAGUUACCUCCAAAGCGGAUACACAGCAGAUAGAGGCAUGGAAGAAAAAAUUUGAGGAAUCUGAAAAGACCUUUCGAGCCAGGAUAAAUCAACUGGAGGAUAACAUCAAGCGGGAGGGGGCCGCAAUCAAGCAAUAUCAAGAAAGCACCCAGCACCUAACAGGCAAUAAUGCGAAGAUUCUUGAGGAUAAGAAGGCUGUAGAAAAGAAAUUACAAUCCGUACAAGCUGAGAGGACACGUCUUAACAGUGAAUUGAUCGAGAUGCGGGUCAAGCUGUUUAGGGUGGAAAGGUCUGUAACUACAACUACACGAGUUGUGGACCUCGAGGUUGCAAACAAGAAACUUAUUGAUCAGAACCAAAAGCUCUCCCGGAGGCUUGAAACAAAAGCACAAACGCACCAAAGCCUUAAAAGCGAGAUUAUAACCUUAGAGGAGCGCUCAGAGCGCAUGUUGGGUGAAAUACACACCCUCCGUCAGGACAAAGCCCGCCUCAAUAAUGAUAUCGACAACCUUAUCAGCCAGCUCAAUGGACGAAGGGGAUCCACGGAACGAAAGGACCAGGUCGAACUGUUCCCCACAAGGUCAAAUGGGACCAACAACUCCAACGGCUCAGCCACCAAACUCCCGACGCCCAUAUCGCCAAAGACCACCCGCGGCACCAAGCGUACCGCCGAGGAUCAAGAUGACACUGCCCAAACACCGACCACAUCCCGCAGCAACUUUACCAUCCGGGCCUUCGCCGACACCCCUGGAGCCUCGCAGGCAGCACAGCCAAUCCCGACAAACCCGCCGCCCUCCCCUCCCCAGCGCUCCCUCUUCGACCGUGUCAAGCAGCCCCUACAACACCAACAGUCCUCCGACCCCCGCUCCCUCUUCGACCGGAUCAACACCAACACAUCCAUCGACCACGAAAUCGACACCCUCAUAACCGCCUCCAAAGACUCCCCCCGCGGCGUCCUCUGCCGCUUCCGUGGCCCGCCCCCCGACGUUGCAGAUCUCCUCGCCCUCAUCUCCGGCGGCCCCCUCGAAUCCGUCCGCAUCGGGCAAGAAAAAGACGUUGCCUUCCUCUGGUUCCUCAGUCCCAGCGACGCAUCCGCCUUUAUGGCCUACUCCGCGGCGAAAAAGCUCGCCAAUGUCGAGUUCUCGUGGAACGAGAAGCCCGUUCGCACGCUCGACAAGGACCUUGCUACACAAGUAGUGCGCUACGGCGCCAGCCGCGUCUUCAUCCUCCACUGCGUCCCACACGAAGUGCCAUUGCAGCGCAUUGUGUCCGACGUCGGCGGGAAGAAGAUCGCGUUCUGGGUGUGUGAGGGCGCGAGCGGCAGGGUUGCGGCGGACGGCCAUACGAAAGGGAGAGAGGUGGUGAUUGAGUUUACGGAACUCAGGGACGCGGUGGAGGCAAGGAAGAGGCUGGGGGGCGACUUUUGGUGCGAGGCGAGCUGGAUGAAGGAGGGGUGUGAUCGCGCGGUUCCGAAGGUGGAGUAG